AGGCGGCGCAGCGGGCAGUCAAUUUACUUGAAACCGUGCAACAAAUCAAAUAGCAGAGAAAGAAGAGUCUUGCACCAUUUACCACGUUUGAAAAUUAUAAAAAUUAUUUUAUUCAUUUGCAAAAAGUAAAGGGAAAAAAGUCAUGUCGAGUUUACCACUCCUUUUGAGCCUCUUAGACGAACUAGACCGAGAAGCUCCUUCAUACUAUGGGAACGAUUUUGGAUUGGGUCUCUCGCCAUAUAUGAUACACCGUCAUAGUGAACCUAGACCUCAGGCAAUCGGUUACACAUUACCGCUGAGUCUUCUUAGCCGCAUAGGUGAACGCCAAGCAGUUCGACGCGGUGAAAAGAAGGAAGGAACUUUAUCGGCAGUUGGAAAAGAUGGCUUCCAAGUUUGCAUGGAUGUGGCUCAAUUUAAGCCCAGCGAAUUGAAUGUAAAAGUGGUCGACAACUGCAUCAUCGUUGAGGGCAAGCACGAAGAGCGAGAGGACCAACACGGUUACAUACAGCGGCACUUUGUGCGCCGCUAUGUACUACCCAACGGAUAUGAUGCUGAGAAGGUCGCAUCGACCCUUUCGUCUGAUGGCGUUCUUACAGUCAGUGUACCCAAGCCUCAAAUUGAGGAAAAAUCAAAGGAACGUGUUAUUCAAAUCCAACAGACUGGUCCAGCCCAUUUAAAUAUUAAACAGAAUUCAGAAGAGAAGCCAGCCGAGACCAACGGAACCAACAAAGACGAAAAGAAAUAAAACAUUAGAAUAGCAUUAACUAUUUUUUAAGUUUUUAUUCCAAAAAUUUACAGUUAUUUUAGAGAAUAGAAUUCACCCUUUUUCAUACCUUUAAUGGUUUCUUCAUACCGAUUUUACUUAUCUCCUAAAGCAUUUGAAAUGUUCUUAAUUUUUUUUUGUUCGUUAUCAUCACAUUCUAUUUAUUUAGUCAUAAUAAUCAUAUAAUAAAAAAAUAAAACAAAUAAAAAAUCCGAGUUUUGUUGUCCGUUCUACAAUAUAGGAUGUAGGACAGGGCCGAAUUAAAGCUUAA